AUGACGGACCAUCAAGCUGCAGCUACUGCUCGAGCAGUACCAUCAAAUAGUGUUCGAAACACUCGAUUUGGGGAUUUUGGAAGGUCGCCCGGGACUCUUGACGAGAACUCAUCACAGAAUCCAGGCCAGAGCCUUGGAGCAGGUGGUGCAGCAUGGGGCAUCUGGGGUAACUCCGCUAGGGGUACCUCCGCUAUCGGUAGCACGACUAUCGGCAGUGGUUUUACAACCAGUAGCAACAACGAAAGGAGAGGGUCUUUGGAGGGUAAACAAGGUUCUUCCUCACUUUUGGCAGGAUCUGGCGAGCAUGAGCCGUGGAGCAAUACCAAACCCACUGCAGUAGGAUGGACCGGCGAAUCCACAUCACCAGCUCUUUCAAAUGUGGCCAUAAGCCAAGAUCAUUCUCGUUCGCCAGCUCGACUUCGCAGUCAACAAUACGAUUCCCCUCAGACUAGCUCAGAAGUCCCACGCACCUCAUCGCCGUACUAUUCUAUCCCCCGUCAAGCAGCUGUUGGACAGGGACCAUCUAUGAGUCAAUCUCCAAGUAGUAAAUCUUAUUUGGACCCUGCUUCGGCGGUCAGCUUUGUAUCAAAUCCACGUGGUGUUAAUACCGGUGCCGAGAUUCUGGGCACUAGCGUAUCAUCCGCUAGUCGUAGUGAGAGUCUUCCACCUCAGCAACGGGCAAAUUCAACACCACCCACAUAUAACCCCAACCAGACACCGCAAGAGGCCGCUGGGUACGGGGCUUACACUCAUGUCCCAACUUCUCAUCCAGCUUCGCAUGGCCCCAAUCAUCCUAAUGUUGGCAGUUAUCCGGUUGGUGCGCAGGGUAGAUAUACUGACUUAACUCGAGAUACUCGGCAAGCGGAGAUGCUUGCACAGUUUCGUCAGGUUUCAGUCGAAGAUGAGAACGAUCAAUUUCCAGAUAGGCGUCGCCUACCGUUCACAGGAUCAUUUAACCCCCAAAACAAUCCAGGGAACUUGAACUACCCUUCACAGCCUUUGUUCGCCGACUAUCAGUACCAACAACAACGUCAGAAUGCCCAGGCCGUACCUCCAAACUCAUCUCCAUGGGCUACAGAAGAGGGAACCUACAACCGUGGACAGGAAGGGUUUAGCAACGACCAAUAUAAUGGGGAUGGGUACGUUGAGGGCUACAACGAGUUUCGGACUAGGCCUUAUGAGAGAGUUGGUGCAAUGUCUCCAGGCGACCAAAACGUUGAUUUCCAGAGAAGAAGUUUGGCCAGCCCGUACUAUCCAAGCGGGACCACUCCUCCGCCACAGGGGGACUUUCGCUCUGCUUCUCGUGGUGCUACUGCGCGCACGCCACCUUCGGUACAGCUGGGAUUGAACCAUGAGAAAUUAAGGCAACGGCUGUUAGUCACCCAACAACAGCAGCAGAGCCCCCAUUUAGGUCAAAGCCAGACUAUCAUGCGCGAUCAGCUCUACCGUACUCAGCAACAGCAGCAACAGCAACAGCAGUUCCCUAUGUCUGGGCCGUAUGAUUACACAUAUAGCAAUUUGCGAAUGCAAAUGCCCACUUAUCCUGGCGGUUCACCAAUCAGUCCUUUGGCUGCACCUACUCAUCCAGCUGCUCGGAGACAUGAUGACAUCGGAAGCCUUAGAAGCGCAUUACUGGAAGAAUUCCGUUCAAACUCUAAAUCCAACAAACGUUAUGAGCUCAAGGACAUCUAUGGUCACGUUGUUGAGUUUAGUGGUGAUCAACAUGGAUCUAGAUUUAUCCAGCAAAAGCUUGAAACGGCAAACAGCGACGAAAAGGAUAUUGUCUUUGCAGAAAUUAAACCGAACUCUUUACAAUUAAUGACAGACGUUUUUGGGAACUAUGUUAUUCAGAAGUUUUUCGAGCAUGGAAAUCAGCUGCAAAAGAGUGUUCUGGCAAAGCAAAUGGAAAACCACGUUUUGACGCUCUCUUUACAGAUGUAUGGUUGUCGUGUUGUUCAAAAGGCUCUUGAGCACAUCUUGACCGAACAACAAGCAACCCUCGUCAAGGAGCUAGAUGGACAUGUUCUGAAGUGUGUCAAGGAUCAGAACGGAAACCACGUAGUCCAAAAAGCUAUUGAGAGGGUCCCUGCGGAGCACAUUCAAUUCAUCAUCAAGGCUUUCCACGGCCAAGUCCAGACUCUUGCAACACAUCCUUACGGCUGUCGUGUAAUCCAGAGAAUGCUUGAGCAUUGCGACGAGACUGCGCAGGCAUCUCUUUUGCAAGAGCUUCAUUUCUGUACUCAGGCUCUAGUUCAGGAUCAGUACGGCAAUUACGUGACGCAACAUGUGAUUGAGCACGGGAAGGCUGAGGAUCGGGCUAAAAUCGUCAAUCUGGUUACCUCUCAAUUACUACACUUUUCAAAACACAAAUUUGCCUCAAAUGUCGUCGAGAAGAGCAUAGCUUUCGGGUCACCAGACCAGAAGCGUGAGAUUGUGAAGGUCGUUUGCGCAGCUCGACCUGAUGGCAGUUCUCCCCUGCAGAUCUUGAUGAGAGAUCAGUACGGCAAUUAUGUGAUUCAGAAACUUUUGACCUUGCUUUCGGGCCAAGACCGUGAAACUUUGGUUGAGCAAAUCAAACCCCAACUACAGGCGCUGAAGAAAUUCACAUAUGGGAAGCAAAUCAAUGCGAUCGAAAAACUGAUUUACAACUCUUCCACGCCAUCGCAGACAGCUUCUCCACCGCCUGGCUCAGUCGCUGCCACCCCGCCGGACCACACCUCGGAAUCGAGUGAGGUACCAUCUACAAAUACAAGUAAUGCUGGCGAGGUUCCCGUAGUCGAAAAGGCUAUCGAGUAA